AGUGUUACUUCACAAAAAGAUUUGAUUAUCAUUGCUAAUCUGGAUAAGCAAUUUUCAACAUCGAUGGGCUCUCGUGUCUACGUUGGUCGGCUGUCCUAUCGGGCGCACGAACGUGACAUCGAACGAUUCUUUCGUGGAUACGGUCGUAUUACGGAGAUUUUGCUGAAAAAUGGCUAUGCAUUUGUGGAAUUUGCGGAUCGUCGUGAUGCGGAGGAUGCGGAUGCGGUACACGAUUUGAACGGACGUACAAUGCUUGGCGACAGAAGACGUUCAACAAGUGAGAGCGAAUCCCCUGUUGACAAACGUCGUUCAUCGUCGGGCUCCCGAACUCCGCCACCGAAGAAAAGUUCGAAGAAAUCCGAGGCAGAGAGCAAGAAAAAACGUGAUCGAAGCUCGUCAAGCCGUUCACCAAGCCCAGACAUAAAGAAAUCUAAGGAAAAACGUAAGGAGAAGAAACGUGAGAGUAGUUCGGAUGGAAGUGUAGCUCGUGUUGACCAUGCAACAGUUAACAAAAUUAUAGUCAGUGGAUUCGAGAAUAAAGGCAAAUUUGCAAAGGUAUGUUGGUAA